AUGUAAUUGUUAACGGUCCGUUUCCCGGGCUGAGCCAGGGAGGGCGGGGAGUUUAGGCUGUGCCGACCCCUGAGCCCCCCUUCAGGAACCGUUCAGAGCCUGGACAUGUCGCGAUUGAGGAGAUACGAGGUGGCGCUGGAAGCGGAGGAGGAGAUCUACUGGGGCUGCUUCUACUUUUUUCCUCGGUUGCGAAUGUGGCGCAGGGAGCGGAGCUCGGCGCACCCCCGGGAGCAGAAGCUGGAGCCUCUGCGGGGCCUAAUGAGCUGUUUGUCGAGCGGCCUGAGGCCUGCUCCCCAGCGCUCGGGUCGUGGUCUCCUCUGUCGCACCCCCACCGCUGCUGCACAGACAGCCGGUGCAUUAAAGAUUUAAAGUCACGCCCACUGCCUCCCUGACUUUACCACCGCAGACGCCA